GAGAGCGAGGGGAAAGAGAGAAAGAGUGAGGGAGAAGGCGGGGGUGGAGGAGAGGAGGAGGCGGAGGAGGAGAGUUCGCGCUCGGUGAUAAAGAUCGAGAGAUAUAUAGGCGAUUUCAGUGAGGCGCUCCCGCGCAUCAGGAGGAGCCUUCUUCUUCUUCUUCUCUCUGUCGCGCGCGCGCGGCCCAGUCGGGAAAGCCGCGAGACGCCGGGGAAAUAUCGGUUUUCUCUCUCCCUCUCUCUGGUCCUCGACGGAAGAGCGCAGAGGAAAGGGCCGACGAAAACGAAGGGACCACGGGCCCACUCCGCAGCAGCGUCCGUUCGCGCGGAUACGCACUCUCUCGUCUUCGGAAGUCUUGGUGUGGCCAGUGUGUGAGUGUGCGCGUCUACGCGAAUUAUCAUACCGGUCGUCCGCCGCGCGUCCACGCUCGUCGCAAGUACGCACGUGCGAGUCGCCGGAACACCCGGUCUCGAGUCCCUCUCCUCUCCUCGCGACCGGUGGGACACGGAUAGUGAGAGAAAAUCGGCGGAUUUCCGGCAUCUUCGGCGAAAUUCGAGCCCCCCCCCCCCUCUCUCCCCCGAAGACGCGCUCCGUGCGAUCUUCCGUGCAGGGAGUUGUGUCAUCGAUUAUCGAUCGGGCCGCGUAAGUUGAGCUGUGCGAAACAUCGAGAGCGUAGAAACAGAUUCGGCGGCUCGACGACUUUCAACGGCCGUGUCGCGCAACGAGAGCAGGAACCAACGAGAGAGAGAGAGAGAGAGUUGCGACGACGACUCGCGUUGCGCCGAGUCCUCCGAUAAUCCGCAUCCGGCUGGCGUUGCGAAUCGCCGCCGACAAUUGCGACCACGCGCUUAUCCAAUUCUCCCAAGACGAGAGCGAAUAAAGAAUCGACGGUGCCGCUUCAUUCGGAGUGAUCUCGACCGGCCGAACGAUCUGAUUGGAUAGAUCCUGCGGGAAAAGCGAGAGACAGGAGGAGAGGAAAACAAAGAGGGAGGGAGAAAGGAAACGGACGAAAUUCUCACACGACGGAGGGUGGAUUCGCGACGAGAAGCUGAUCCGCAAAAUGCGAGGGUGAACAACACGGUGGAAAAUCGGUCGGCAGCCUCGGAAAAAACUCUCGGCCCCUCCUCCCGCCCGUUUAACACGGCCCUGACGCGCGUUUUCGCCGGCACGGCACCACUCGCGAAAAAUCUGCGCUCGAUCUUAGGGAGCACGACGGCCUCCUGCGACGUGGCGGAGCCGGGAUCACGCGGUGUCGUCGUCUUCGUCGGCGCGACGUCCAGUGCGAGCGCGGAGCCGCCAAAGCGCGAUCGGCCGUACCUCGUCGCGGGAAAACGGUAAGGCGCGAAAAUCAACGGGCAGCGGGAGAAGAAGGUGGAAGAGGAGGUGGAGAGGCUCGUGCGUCGAUCCGCGUGUCAUCGAUCGCGAUCCACGCGCUCUCGCGUCCGCGCAAGAGGAGAAGCCGCGUGCCUGAGCGCGCGCGCACGACCGCCCGCCAGCUCGAUCGAGCGAUCGAUCGGCCAACCGAUCGAUCGCGCGCGAGAGAGAAAGAGACGCGCUCACGGUGAGACGGAAAUCGCCGGCAGGAAAAGUGGGUGACGCGCGACGACGGGUGGCGCGACUCGGCGUAGGGUGUCGGAUGAACUGGAGGAACGGCGGUCGGCUGCUGCGUCGAGUGCAGGAGGAUGCCGAUGACGACAACGACGACGAAGACGACGGGAACGAUAAGGAUGACGAUCGCGGCGAUGACGAGGGAGUCGUCUUGAGAAACACGCCGGACUUUGCGAAACUUGGGCUACCGUCUCCACGGAGCUUCGAGCGGGAGACGCGUUGCAGCGAGAGAUUCCCGCGCAGGAGAGGAAGACUGGACAAAGCGGAAGAAGCAGAAUAA